UCUAACCUCACUGAAAGGGCAUGGACUGGGUGUUUGGCUGGUUGCUAAGGAGAGGUUGGCGCUACCGGAACAUAAGAGUGAUUGGUGUGCUUCGUAUGGUGCGCUCCGCUGGAUCACGUGAGCCAGUUCCAAAAUGGCGGCAGGGGUGGCCGGGUGGGGGGUUGAGGCGGAGGAGUUCGAAGAUGCGCCUGAUGUGGAGCCGCUGGAGCCUACACUUAGCAACAUCAUCGAGCAGCGCAGCCUGAAGUGGAUCUUCGUCGGGGGCAAGGGUGGUGUGGGCAAGACCACCUGCAGUUGCAGCCUGGCAGUCCAGCUCUCCAAGGGGCGUGAGAGUGUUCUGAUCAUCUCCACAGACCCAGCUCACAACAUCUCAGAUGCUUUUGACCAGAAGUUCUCAAAGGUGCCUACCAAGGUCAAAGGCUAUGACAACCUCUUUGCUAUGGAGAUUGACCCCAGCCUGGGCGUGGCGGAGCUGCCUGACGAGUUCUUCGAGGAGGACAACAUGCUGAGCAUGGGCAAGAAGAUGAUGCAGGAGGCCAUGAGCGCAUUUCCCGGCAUCGAUGAGGCCAUGAGCUAUGCCGAGGUCAUGAGGCUGGUGAAGGGCAUGAACUUCUCGGUGGUGGUAUUUGACACGGCACCCACGGGCCACACACUGAGGCUGCUCAACUUCCCCACCAUCGUGGAGCGGGGCCUGGGCCGGCUUAUGCAGAUCAAGAACCAGAUCAGCCCUUUCAUCUCACAGAUGUGCAACAUGCUGGGCCUGGGGGACAUGAACGCAGACCAGCUGGCCUCCAAGCUAGAGGAGACGCUACCCGUCAUCCGCUCAGUCAGCGAACAGUUCAAGGACCCUGAGCAGACAACUUUCAUCUGCGUAUGCAUUGCUGAGUUCCUGUCCCUGUAUGAGACAGAGAGGCUGAUCCAGGAGCUGGCCAAGUGCAAGAUCGACACGCACAAUAUCAUUGUCAACCAGCUCGUCUUCCCUGACCCCGAGAAGCCCUGCAAGAUGUGUGAGGCCCGCCACAAGAUCCAGGCCAAGUAUCUGGACCAGAUGGAGGACCUGUAUGAAGACUUCCACAUCGUGAAGCUGCCGCUGUUACCCCAUGAGGUGCGGGGGGCAGACAAGGUCAACACCUUCUCAGCCCUCCUCCUGGAGCCCUACAAGCCCCCCAGUGCCCAGUAGCACAGCUGCCAGCCCCAACCACUGCCAUUUCACACUCACCCUCCACCCUCCCCACCCCCUCGGGGCAGAGUUUGCACAAAGUCCCCCCAUAAUACAGGGGGAGCCACUUGGGCAGGAGGCAGGGAGGGGUCCAUUCCCCCUGGUGGGGCUGGUGGGGAGCUGUAGUUGCCCUCUACCUCUCCCACCUCUUGCUCUUCAAUAAAAUGAUCUUAAACUGC